GCGAGGACAGCAGCACUGCUGGCUGCGAACAGGAUGCUGUCGGGCCCUAAAGACGCACCGACCUAACGGAGAGAAACCGCUGCAGCAUCCUUUGUUUGCUGGAGCACAAUCACAAGAUUUCCAAUUCUGUGGUGAAGCUGAAGCUGCAGUCAAGAAGUGGUGGUUCCUUAUUUCCCAUCAACCUCUGCUUUUCCUCGGGCCCUGUGGAACCGCUCGUCCACGCCACUCUUUUACUUACUUUCCAUUAUCAUUCUUUUAACACUCUAUCAAUUAUUCCUGUCCAUCGUGCUUGGAUCCAAACCUAAGAGUCACAGACCAGUCAAGACGUCUCAGUAAAGACCAGUGAAGUCAGAGCUGCUGACAGAAAACCAUCGUCCUACUCACAAUGCAGUAGUGUUUGACUGCAGCACCUCUGCAGCUCUCCAGUCCAGGCUCUGUCUCAGUUGUGGGGUUUCAUCUCAUUUUAGACUUUCUCUUCUUCAUCUUUCGUCUUCAUGUUUUGGGGGUCCUCCUGUUCCCCCACCCUCUGUCAACCCCCCCGCACCUGCUGCCAUCACGGCCGGCCACCCCAGUCGCCUUGUUGCCAUGCCGACAGAGACACUGCCUCCAGACUUGCCAGAUAGCAAGGCUACUGGCUCCGCGGCGGCCUUUGGUUCUGCGGUGCCCCUCCGCAUCCUCAACAAGGGCCCGGACUACUUCAGGAGACAGGUGGAACCCAACCCAAAACGCCUCAGUGCUGUAGAGAGACUAGAAGCUGAUAAAGCCAAGUACGUCAAGAGCCAGGAAGUCAUCAAUGCCAGGCAGGAGCCAAUCAAACCGCCCGUGCUGGCCAAGCCUCCCAUCGGCCACGCCUUGCUGUCCAAGAGAGGCUCUGGAAUGAGUGGAGGUGGAAAUGGAGGAGGGAUACCUUUGAAAGCUUCCAAUAACAAUGCCAAAUCAGACACAUGUGCAACAAGCUGCGGCGGCGGCAGCAGCAAGCGGGAGAAUUUAAACCUGGAGAUCUUGAAAAAUCUGCUGAACUCAUCGUCCUCUGGAGCAGGAUCUGAAGGACGAGGAGGUGGAGCUAAAAGUGCUGUCAUGAAGAGGUCAACGGGGGGGGUGACCAGGAGCUGGGCACCGUCAGGCUGCGGUCUCCCCAACGUGGUCUCUGAUUGGCUGAAUUGUCACAGACUUGGAUCAAAUUUCCAGCACACUGGAAAUGAGAUCGGGGUCUGCGACUUGUUUGGGAGGCAUAGGAUACCGUUAACAUACCGAUCUACAACCACACUUAACGAGGAGCUACCAGACUUGGCACCUAGUCCAAGCACCUCGCAUUCUCUGCGCUCCUUCUCCCGCUCCCUGAAGGUCCCACCAGUCAACAGUGGGGGGCGUCGUAGUCCACAGCAGGGAGGAAACCUCAACCUCAGCAGACGAGUCUUGGAUGAAAGAGGAGGUGACGGAGGAGCUGUUGGACGCUCUCGCUCUCCCCUGCCGCCUCUACUCACCUCCCACUCCUCCUCUGACCUCCUGCGACUGUGCAAUGGCAAACCUCUUCGUGCGGCUCGAUCCAGCAGCUCAUCGGCUCCGCCCCUCCCUCCGAAACCCAACCCAGCUUCUCUCCCUCCCCCUGCUCUUUCCUUGUCACUGCCUCCCCCUCGGCCAACUCCAUCCCCUGCUCCCUGUGAUAACGCCACCCCUCAGUUGCUACCUUGUGAUUUCGCGGAGCCUUCCAGUGCCUCCAUCGAUCCCAGCGUGGAGCUGGAUCUCGGGCCGUCCACGGCUCGUCGCUCCUCGCUGCACAGAUCAAAAUCGGACCUGUCAGACCGAUACGCCCGGGCCGGGGCGGACGUGGAACGCUUUUUUAACUACUGCGGCCUCGACCCUGAGGAGCUGGAGGCCGUCAGUCCGGAGAACUUUGCUCGAGCCAACUCGGACAUUGUCAGCCUGAACUUCCGAUCGGCUUCGAUGAUCUCGUCUGAGUGCGAUCGGUCACGGCGAUCCUCCAACGAUGCCGUGUCAGACGGGGAGGCGGAGGACGAGGAGGAGGCCGGGGAGCGCGUUCCCUACGGUAUCUCAGCCGUGGAGAGAAACGCACGAGUCAUCAAGUGGCUGUACAGCAUCAAACAGGCAAGAGAGACUCAGAAAGUGUCGCAUGUUUAAGGAGAGCACGACAGACGAAUGGACAGAUGGAUGUUUUCACAGUCAACAUGAAGAUAAACUGAAAUUUACUGACAAAUAAAAUAAAACCAACAGCUGGGUGAGUGGUUUAACAAAGCUAGAUAAGAAAACAGACGGGUUUUAGUUUUAAAAAAUAAACCAAUGAAAAUAACUAAUCCUCCGAAUAACACUGAGAAGAAUGGAUGGAUUGGAACAACAGAACUUAGUGUCGGGUUGUUUUGAAGAAUAAGUAAAACUGUCACUCUGUCCAUGAACCCAUAAAGCACCUGCUUCACAACA